AUGAGUGCGAAUUCUCGCAUGUCUACUACUCCUCAACCCGAGGCAUUGAUAUCUGCGAGUCCCUCGUUGCAAGAUGGCAACCUGCCAACGCCGCAAACUGGGCAAGACACCGGCAACAUGCAUGCAUCCUCGCCCCCUAUUCACCGGCAAACGGCCACCAUAGACCUUCCUGAGCCCAAUAUUCAAAAUGUUCUACGUAGGGUACGAAGGCUCGAAGCCCUGUCAUCCACGACGCUGUUGGGUCAUGGCCAAGAGCAAGACGAUCUGCGAUCCAGCACCCGACUAUCUGAUCCCAAAGGAACCCAAUUCGUCAUGCACAAAUCGCAAGUCAUGCGAUUCCCCAUGGGAAUCGCGCCAGAAUUGAACCCCAUCAUUACCUGUUUCUCGGCGAUAACCGGUUCGGGCGCCAACUUUGCGAGCGGCACCGAUGGCAGCAAACAACCUGCUUUUGACGGCCCUGAGAUCUCCACCUUUGUCAAAGAAGCUUCCGAAACAUUCCAAAACUGCAAAAACAGAAUACGCAUCAUCAAGUCUCAGAAUUCCAGAGUCCCAUUUGACUUGAAUAACCUUCAGUUACCAAGUAGCGAUGACACAGACCUGCUCAAAGCACAAUAUUUUGUGGCGUUUGAAUCCGCGUACCGUAUUUUGCACAAGCCUACCUUUGAUCUUGAGUAUCAACUGUUUUUGACUGACCCGAAAGCGGCGGCUACUAGUCUACUGUUGAAAAACCUGCUCGUUUUAGCCCUUGGCUCAAGCCUGCAUGAACAUGAUGACAGCGUCAGGACGCGCAAACUGGCACAUCAAUGGAUUCGGCGUGCACAGGAAUGGCUCUCGGAUCCACUGGAAAAGGAUAAAAUGAGCAUAUCUGGACUUCAAAUUCACUGUCUAACCGUCUUGGCGCGAAAAGUCUUCUCCGUCGGUGAAGAUCAUGUAUGGUUGUCCACUGGAGAACUCAUUCACAAGGCUAUGCAAAUGGGUCUACAUCGUGACCCAGAUCGACUCCCAGCAAUGUCUGUAUUCGACAUGGAGAUGCGCAGACGGUUAUGGGCAACAAUAUUGGAGCUUGCGGUUCAAUCUGCUUCGGACUGCGGAAUGCCUCCAAGAAUAUCCCUAGAGGAAUUCGACACCAAGCCUCCUUCAAACAUAUUUGAUGAAGAAAUUCAUGAGUCAAGCAAAGAAGUCAGGUUUCAUGGCGAAAAUGUAUUCACAUCCUCGACUAUACAGAGAAUACUGCUCACGUCGCUACCGACCCGGCUAGAGAUUCUAAGGCUAGUCAAUGGUGUCCGUUCACAACUUACGUAUGACCAAGUUCUAGCUUUGAGCUCAAAAAUCACGAGCGCAUGUGUUGCCAUCAAUGAUCUAGUGAAUCAGCAUCCGGAGCGAGAACUGGGUCAAGUUUCUCGAAAUCUUCUAGACUACCUUGUUCGCCGGUUUUAUCUCACUCUGCAUAUUCCCUUUGCAACGAUUGCGCAAACAGACCCCAGGUUCUAUUACUCCAUGAAAGUCUGUGUAGAUACUGCCACCGCGAUCACCGAUCCGCCUGCCGACAGACUUUACAACCGCUUCAUGGUCAUAGGUCGAGGAUUUUUCAAGGAGAGCCUCACGGUGGCAGCGACAGCGGUUGGCCUCGAACUCCUCGUUCAAGCGCAAGCGCAGCAUCGAGAUGGCACUAUUACCACAAACCCUCAGUAUGUAACACAUUUAAAACGGAUACUAAACGGGAUGCUCGCGCUUGUAGCGGACUGUAUUAGCGAGACUGAGACGGGUCUGAAGGAGCACAUGUUCUUGAGUAUGAUUCUCGCGCAUGCAGACGCAAUUCUCGACAACACAUCGCUGGAAUGGAAAAUUGCACAGGGCAUCUUGGGCAGUGUUAGUUGGUGCUGCGGCGUACUUGAGAAACGUGCGGAGUCUGCGAAUCUGCCAGAGUCUGAGGAUACAGCCCUUGACAUGACAAGCUGUGAGGAUGAUGGAUUGGAGCUAGAUUUUGACUUCUUUCGUUGGGCGAACGGGGAUCUCCCUUGA